UAUUAUUCUCCCCGCCCAUGACAAUCCAACAAAAUCCAGUACUUUUAUCCCACCACCAUUCCCAUCCCAUUCCUAAAGCUGCAACUCUCUCUCUCUCUCUCUCUCUCUCUCUCUCUUUCUCUCUAGUUAUGUUUCCGGGCAACUUUAUCUUCCUCUAAACGCUGCCAUAUAUAUUUACGUGCGCUCGACAGAGCUGCAUUAUUGCCAUUGGGGGUUUUGUAACUCGGCUUCCGAUCACUUUCAUUCUUGCAUGGCUUCUUCUGGUCGUUGGGUGCGACUCUUAGUUUUUUAUAUCUUGGUUGAGGUGAUAUGGUUCCUCUUCAACGUUGGGUGCGUCGACAGUGCAAAUAAUAUCGCAGAGAAGAACUUGAAAGUCGGUAACAUUUCAAAAGUGGAAGAUGCUGUCAAUUUCCAUAUUUACUACGGCCAGACCUUCAAAGUCAUCAAGAACACCAUUGACGGCAAGAGCUACCUUCUCAUCCAGAAUGAUUCAAGGAUGGCAUCAAGGACAAAAUAUUGCACCUCAAGGAUCAAGUCUUAUGUCAUUCCACUGUCAAACUAUUCCGUUGAUACCGAAUUAUUCCCGGUUUCCUUUUUCGAGCUUCUAGGCUUACUAGGGAGCUUGAAGGGAAUUACGGCAGAUUCCGUGACUUCUCAAUGCGUACUAAAAUUAUAUGAAAGUGGAGAAGUUAAGAUGAUCAACAAGAGUGAGCCGCAACAGCUUGCCCAAUUUGCAGCACACUUUGUCACCGACACUGGUCAUGCACAAGCUUGCAAUUUUGCAUCCUUUGUUCCCUUUGCAGAGGAUACACCUCUGCAGAGGGCCGAGUGGAUCAAGUUUCUGGGAGUCUUUGCAAAUCUUGAAACCACAGCUAAUGACUUCUACAAUGCAGUUAAAGAAAAUUAUUUGUGCUUGGCUAAAGUCGCGGCCAGCAAGAAAUCAUUCAAACCAACAGUAGCUUGGAUUGUGUAUUACGAUGGAGUCUGGUCAUUUACAAAGGAAACAUACAAGUUGAAGUUUACAGAAGAUGCAGGCGGAGAAAAUGUUGACAAAUCCAUCAAUAAGAUGACCUACAACAUCUCUAAUCCUGAUGACUUGGAUGAAUUUCAUGCCAUCCUAUGUACUGUGGAUGUACUUAUCGACGAAACAGAUACUUCUGAUCCGGCGGCCUACUCUUUAUCAACUUUCCUCCAAAAUAUAAAUGUUGAAGAUCACUCUUGUUUUGCCUUUCUUUCAAACCAAAGCUUAUGGAGAUACGAUAAAAGAAUUUACAACUCGACUCUUGAUUGGUUCAACGGAGCGGUCUCUCAACCUCAGUUGGUAUUAGCAGAUCUCAUUGAAGCUUUAUUCCCCACAGGAAAUUACACAACAACACACUUUAGAAACCUUGCAAAGGAAGAAGUUGUAAUAAGCAUUGGUCCAGAAAUGUGUGAUAGGGAUACCUCCACAGCAAUGCAGCCCACAAUAGUAGCUUGCGGAUAAUGCUAAUUCUAUGGUUUCAAAUUUCUUUAAUUUUUCCUCAAGUUGAAGAUAUAAUGCAAUACAGCAAUGUGAUUCUAGUCAUUAAUUUUAGUCUUUAGAUAUAAUUUUUGGCGUACAUAACUGCAUUAUCCUCUGUAAAACGUUUCAGUUUGCUUAUACAUUGAUUUGCUUUGUUA